AUGCUUUCAAAAGUUCUUAAAGAUCCCCUUAUUAAAGCAUGCGAAGAAGGAAAUCUCGGACUUAUUAAAUCUCUUAUAGAAGGUGGUAACUAUAAAGUAGAAUCUUUAGAUUCACCACUCAUUUGUGCAUCAAGAGAAGGUCAUCUUGAAGUUGUUAAAUAUCUUAUCUCUGUUGGAGCUGAUAAAGAUGCAAAGGAUAAUAUUUUUGGAUAUACUCCACUCAUUUUUGCAUCACAAAAUGGUCAUCUUGAAGUUGUUGAAUAUCUUAUCUCUGUUGGAGCUGAUAAAGAAGCAAAGAAUAAUAUUUUUGGAUAUACUCCACUCAUUUUUGCAUCACAUUAUGGUCAUCUUGAAAUUGUUGAAUAUCUUAUCUCUGUUGGAGCUGAUAAAGAAGCAAAGGAUAAUACUGGAUCUACUCCACUCAUUUAUGCAUCAAAACAUGAUCAUCUUGAAGUUGUUAAAUAUUUUAUCUCUGUUGGAGCUGAUAAAGAAGCAAAGAAUAAAAAUGGAUCUACUCCACUCAUUUUUGCAUCAGAAAAUGAUCAUCUUGAAAUUGUUGAAUAUCUUAUCUCUGUUGGAGCUGAUAAAGAAGCAAAGGGUGGAGUUGGAUCUACUCCACUCAUUUUUGCAUCAUCUAAUGGUUAUCUUGAAGUUGUUAAAUAUCUUAUCUCUGUUGGAGCUGAUAAAGAAGCAAAGGAUAAUAAUGGAAAGACUGCUCUUGAUGUUGCAAGAGGUUCUGUGAAAGAAUACUUUUUGGAAGACAAAACAGAAUAG